GUAAAUAUAGUUUUAUUCUGUUGAUAGGGAAAUAGGUGACCUAUUGCAGAAGAACAUUAAUUCAUUUAUUGAGAAAUUGAAUACAGAGGAUUCUGAGGUUGCUGAAUUAAUGACUGCAUUGGCAUUUAGUGGAAGAAAAUUCAACUAUGAGAUUCAAAGUAAAAUUUAUGAAAGAACACUUGCAGCCGGAACAGUUCAUAACCAUCAAACCAAUCCUAAUGUACGAGAAGUACUUAAUGGAUUUGUAGAAGCAGUUGGCAGUUACUUAGAAAAAUUUGGCAUCAAUAUUAAUAGAAGAUCAUUCACUUAUAAUUACGAUGAAUUAUUAGUAAACCCAAAUGAAAAAUUCGAAUUUAUUAUUGAUGAUGAUCAGAAAAAUUUAAUAUCCUCCAUGAAAAGCUCCUUGCAUCAAUUUUUGUCUACAAAUGAAAUGCAUGUACUGUAUACUGGGGAUGACUACAAAGGAAGAAAUUCUAUUAUAGCACAAGUACUUGGUAUUUUGGUAUUUCUUGUUGGCUAUGGAGCUUACAAUACUGAUGAUGAAGUGCUAAAGAUUAUUAAUAUUUUAAUAAGUAUUAUUAAUGGUAGAAGUGAUGUAGAUUCUUUGGGAAAGAUUUUGGAAAAUACUGAAAGGUGUAGUAAUGACACUCCUGGUAAUAAAAUUAUUUUCAAAAUUAAGUUCUUAGCACUGCAGUCACUAAACUUACUUCUCCAGCAGCAUUUUCAUUCAUCCGUUAAGGCUCUUUUGUAUGACUUCAUUCACAUAAGAGAAAAGGUUAAAAAGCUUCAUUCAAAUGAAGAAGAAAUUAGGCCAGACACUGAUGAUGGAAUUGAAUUGGAAGAGAUUGCAAUACGGUCUAAGGAAGAGUCAGAAUUUACUCAACCGCCAUUAAGCAUGGAUGUACUUUUUAAUGAAAAGGAAUGUAGUCCUUCUGAAAAACUGUGCAAAGAAUCACUUGCCAGGUUAAGAUAUAAUUUUGGAAGCCAAGUUUACUCUGUAUUUGAUAUUGAAUCUACAAACUGUCAAGAAUUGUCCCAGCAUAUUCUGUUGGACCUUAUCAGUUAUGAUGACAGUGAUGUUUGCUUGCUGAGUGCAAAUAUUCUUUUUGAAAUUUUUGAAGUUGAACAUAUACUGCUCUCUAAAGCUAAGGAUGCUUAUUUUACUACUCCUUAUACAAAUCAAAAAAUUCAUAAAGAGAUGAAGAAAUUAUCGUCUAUGACAGAUUCUGAUCAACUUCUCAAACAAAUGUUGAGAAACCAAAUCCAGGAUAAGCGAAAAUUGUUAAAUAAGUUAGAUGAACUCUUAAAUUGUUUUAUUUCUUCUAACAAUGAGUCUAAACCUGACUCUAGUAAUCAAGGAGUAGCAUACAGUUGUGGGCUUUUUAAUGUCUUAAUGGAAUUUGUGCUUGGAUAUGGAAUUUUAGAUCAAUCUCAGUGUCAUGAGGAUGUUCUGAGUAGCUGUUUUACACUUUUACAAAGAAUUACCAGAAAGAAUACAAGAGCACAGAAUAAACUUUUUGAGUCCUUCGAUUAUUUUAUUGAAAUCAAAACUGCUGUUGCACCUAUGACAUGUUUGCUUAGUGAAGUUAGAAAUUAUAAUUAUUGCUGUGUUUACAAUCAUGAUGUGUCAUAA